AUGGCUCCCCCGGAUUCCACCCACGGCGGAAGCUUCAGGGACCACCUUAAAACCAGCUCAACAUCCAAGGGCAAACAACGCUACGCUCCCCUCCACGAAGCCAUCCCCGAGGAAAUCUCCUCCUUUCGCUCUCCCUCCGAAUUUGCCGAUGCCGACACCGACUCGGACUCCGACCUCGAAAAGUCAGGCACCUACAAGCUCCGUCCUGUCGACCGCUACGGCUCCCACCAUUCUUCCGCAUUCAUCCCCACCAUCCGCGAUGACGGCGGCGUUGAGACGUACCUCGAUAGCAUCACAGAAGCAGAGCUGGAGCUCCUCUCCGCGUCGAAACAGUAUGAUUUCGUCGACGACUCGGACGACCUCGACUCCGACGAGGAGGCCACACUCAGAUACAAGUUGAAGGACAGGCUGAAGCGGCGGCGCGAGAGGCUCAGGGCGUGGACGCCGGUCAAGUAUGCUCGGAUCUGGUGGCGGACGCUGGUCGCUGUCAUUGUUACGUUGGCGGUGGUGGUGUGGGGGUUUCUAAGUUUUGCAGUGUCGCAUAGGCAGGAGCCGAAGGUUUGGCCGAUGAUACCGUCUGAUUCGUGGUUUCCGUCGCCAAAGGGGGGGACGCUGAAGCAUUGGGAGGAGAGUUAUAAAAAGGCGCAGAGCUUGGUCCGGAAUAUGACGCUCAUCGAAAAGGUCAACAUCACGACUGGGAUUGGCUGGCAGAUGGGAAUGUGUGUUGGAAACACUGGCCCGGCGGAUAUUGUUAAAUUCCCCUCGCUGUGCUUACAGGACGGCCCUCAAGGCUUACGCUUUGUUGACCAUGUGUCUGCCUUUCCGGCGGGUAUUACAACGGGAUCUACGUGGAAUCGAGAGCUCAUGCGCGAGCGCGGCGUUGCCAUGGGGCGAGAGGCUCGGUUGAAAGGGGUGAAUGUCCUCCUGGGCCCGUCGAUGGGUCCCUUGGGAAUGAUGCCUGCGGGAGGGCGCAACUGGGAAGGAUUCGGCUCUGACCCUGUGCUUCAAGGUGUGGCUGCGGCGGAAACCAUCCGGGGUAUUCAGAGCAAUGGGGUCAUGGCGACGGCGAAGCAUUUCGUGAUGAAUGAGCAGGAGCAUUUCCGGCAGCCCUUUGAGUGGGGGAUUCCGACUGCUUUAUCAUCCAAUGUGGGCGAUCGUGCACUGCACGAAAUCUUUGCGUGGCCCUUUGCCGAGAGUAUUCGAGCCGACGUGGCUAGCGUGAUGUGCUCUUAUCAAAUGGUGAACAACAGCCACGCCUGCGAAAAUAGCAAACUUUUGAACGGGAUCCUCAAGGAUGAACUGGGGUUUCAAGGGUUUGUGCAGUCCGACUGGCUGGCCCAGCGGUCUGGCAUUAACAGCGCCGUUGGUGGCCUCGACAUGAGCAUGCCGGGAGACGGUCUGCAUUGGGUGGACGGCAAGUCCCUCUGGGGUAGUGAACUGACAAGAGCGGUGCUCAACACAUCUGUUCCUGUGGAGCGACUCAACGACAUGGUCACGCGAAUUGUGGCUGCGUGGUAUCAUUUGGGGCAAGAUAACUGGGAACGUCCGCCGCCCGAGGGCAACGGCGGCCCUAACUUUUCGUCUUGGACCAACGACGAGGUUGGGUGGCUGCAUACGGGAAGCAACGACGAGUCCUAUGCUGUGGUGAACCAAUACGUUGACGUCCAGGGCACCGGGCCAGAGGCGCAUAGCAUCAUUGCGAGAAAGGUUGCGGCGGAAGGGACAGUGCUGCUGAAGAACGUAGAUCACACACUUCCACUGUCGCGCAACGCCUCGAGUCCAUCCGGAGGCAUUCUGCGCGUUGGUAUCUAUGGUGACGACGCCGGACCGGCCUCGGGGCCAAAUGCUUGCCCUGACCGGGGAUGCAACCAGGGCACCCUGGCUACCGGCUGGGGCAGUGGAACCGUGGAGUUCCCGUAUCUUGUCAGCCCUAUUGAGGCGUUGGAAACUGCAUGGUCGACGGAAAUAGAGAGCACCGAGCACCUGCGCAACGCCGUCAUCCCAGCGGACGCGGCUGACAAAGAUCUGUGCCUGGUUUUUGUGAAUGCAGACUCAGGAGAGGGGUACAUUUCCGCAGGCGGAAUUCACGGCGACCGAAACGAUCUCUUUCUGCAGAAAGGAGGCGAUACCCUGGUCCACAGCGUGGCGAGCAACUGCGGUGGCGGACAGGGAAAGACAGUAGUUGUCAUUCACGCGGUCGGUCCGGUCGUGAUGGAGUCGUGGAUCGAUCUUCCCGGCGUGCACGCCGUCCUGCUGGCCAACCUGCCCGGACAGGAGAGCGGGAAUGCAUUGAUGGACGUGCUGUUCGGCGACGUGGAUGCAAGUGGACGAUUGCCAUACACAAUUGGGAAGAGCCUGGAGGACUAUGGGCCUGGCGCGCAGGUGUUAUACGAGCCAAAUGCACCGGUGCCCCAGGUGGACUUUUUGGACGCUCUGUACGUCGAUUACCGGCAUUUUGACCGUUAUAACAUCACGCCGCGCUUCGAAUUCGGGUUCGGCUUGUCCUAUACCACGAUUGAACUGUCGGAUCUCAGCGUCAGCCCGGUGCAGAAAAAAUCGCGGUCUCCACCCCCGCGGCCUGCAGACGCCGUGGCUCCACCAGUGUACGAUACCAGCCUUCCGGAUCCUGCAUCGGCGUUAUUCCCAGCUGGUUUCCAGCCAAUCUUCAAGUACAUCUAUCCCUAUCUUCCAAGUCUUGAUGGAGCGGCACCGCGCAACUAUUCAUUCUACCCCAAGGGUUACAACGAGACACAAAAUCCAUCGCCGGCCGGAGGCGGAGCAGGUGGCCAUCCCGCGCUAUACGAGGCGAUGGUACGUGUAAAGGUCCAGGUGAGCAAUACUGGAGAUCGCAAGGGGCAGGAGGUGGUUCAGGUCUAUGUAUCCUUUCCGCCCGAUGUGACCGAGGAGGGCGACUGGGUGGAGGUGGACUCCGACGUAGAGAAGCCCGGGGAGAAGCAGAGGGAGCGGGUGAAAAUCGAGUUUCCUGAGCGGGUCCUGCGGAACUUCACCAAGGUCGAGCUGGAGCCUAGUGAGCGACGCGAGGUGCAGAUGACGCUCAGUCGGAAGGAUCUGAGCUACUGGAGCACGCGCGAGCAGAACUGGGUGAUGCCGGAGGGCAAAUUCCAGAUCUGGGUGGGACGCAGUUCUCGCGAUCUGCCAUUGAUGGGGGUGUAUUGA